AAAGGAAAGUGAUUCAUUUCCUGAAGUAGCUUUAUUUUGAAAGUUAUCCGGACGGUAAAUUGUCUUUUUUUGAACGAGUUUGAUGCUGCUGACCAAUUCCACACAUCACGCUGAUGGAACAUCCCAUCAAACCUACAGAAUGGAAGUAUCAAGGAUAAGGAUCCUCCAGAAACAUCUGGAGCCUGCAAGACCCCUGCGUCGUCUUCUCCAAGUAGGCCUGCAACCCACGAUAAUUGCAGCUUCAUGUGCACAGACCUUUUUGGACAUUGUGGAUGAUGAGAAAGUAAUUGACAUAGAGCAAUUCUGCAAGAUUGUCAACAUCCAAAAGCAGAAAGAAGAGAUAAUAUCAUACACUAGAGAUUUUUUAAUCGCUAUGGCGAGUUGUCCUGCAGCGAAGAAGAAGCCAGAAUUCUUACCAGAUCACCCUAUAGUCUUACCCAAGGCAAGAGCUGCAGGAUAUCCGCUGUCAAAUGAAACCAGCUGGAAUGUUGGCAAAGCCCCAGUGCCUGUUCUUAUGCAGAACCCUUACCUUCAGGGCGUGAAAGAGGACAUCCUGUACCACUUUAACCUGGGUAAAGGAACACACAACCUUCCUGCUCUGUUUGGUGACGUCAAAUUUGUGGGUGUUGGGGGCAGUGCACAGCGAAUGAGAGAGUUCAUUGAGUACAUUGCCACCGAGCUUGGUAUUGAAGACGGCCAAUCGAACUACCCCAAUAUAUGUGCGGGAACAGAUCGCUAUGCCAUGUACAAAGUCGGCCCUGUACUCUCUGUCAGCCAUGGAAUUGGCAUCCCAUCUAUGUCAACAAUGUUGCAUGAGCUGAUAAAACUCCUGCAUCACGCUCAAUGCACGGAUGUUACAAUAGUACGCAUCGGAACAUCAGGUGGACUAGGCCUCGAGCCUGGUACUGUGGUUGUCACCAGACAGUCUGUGGACGCCACAUUCCUGCCCAAAUUUGAGCAGCUGAUCUUGGGGAAGAAGGUGGUCCGCGAUACUGACCUGGACCGCUCCCUGGCUGAAGAGCUGUUUGAAUGCAGCAAGGAGCUGGGUCAGUUUGAGACGGUCAUAGGUGACACCAUGUGCACUCUGGACUUCUACGAAGGUCAAGGCCGUUUGGAUGGAGCUUUCUGCUUGUACACCGAGAAGGAAAAACACGAAUACUUGACCAAAGCCCAGGAAGCAGGUGUCUGCAAUAUUGAAAUGGAGUCCACCGUCUUUGCUGCCAUGUGCAAACUGGGCAACCUACGAGCGGCUGUGGUUUGCACUACAUUACUGGACCGUCUGAAGAGAGACCAGGUGACAAGCUCUCAUGAUGUCCUCCACGACUAUCAACAGCGCCCUCAGAGACUGGUGGCCUACUACAUCAAGAAGCAGCUAAAGGCCAAAGCUCGUAAUAGCUGAACGUUGCACUCCUGGUAUUAAAAGAUUGUUGAUUUGUUGAACUUAAAUAUUUGUAUUUAUGCAACUUUUUUACGAUUCAAGAGUACUCAGCGACGACGAUAUAUGCAAGGCCUUAUGUUUUCUAUUCUGUUGUAAUGUGACAUAAUAAAAACAUACUUGGACAUUCUCUUGGGUUUGAUCUUAACCCUUGCGUGGUGUUCG